AUGGCAUUCAAUGGAAAGUACGAAUUAGAAAGUCAGGAAAACUUUGAACAACUCAUGAAAGCUCUGGGACUCUCAGAUGAAGUAAUUAAGAAAUAUAAAGACCUAGGCAACAUUGUUGAAUUUGUUCAAAAUGGGAAUUCAUUUCAAACCUCUUAUAAUUAUGGCAGCAAAGUGAUUACCAAUGAAUUCACUAUUGGACAAGAGAGUGAGUUUGUGUUAUUCACGGGGCACAGAGUCAAGGCUUUUGCAAAACUAGAAGGUGAGAAUAAGCUUGUUAUCACAAUGGAGGGAAUGAUGGCAGCUAUGGAGCUGAGUGGCGACAAAAUGAUUGAAACUCUGACCAAUGGAGAAAUUACUGUAAAGAAAAUUAGGAAAAAGAUUUAA